AUGUUAGAAUAUAUUCCUGGAAAACUCUUUGUUAUCGUUGUAGUGUCACUUAUAGCAUUCAUUGCUUAUUCGUCACAGUUGUUCCUAUUCCUACCAGCCUACGGCUGGUGGAAUUCAACCAGCUUAAUGAAGUUGUUUCCUCUCAACAUCCUCGUCAUCAUGAUCUUCUACAACUAUUAUCUAGCAGUAAUAACUGAUCCCGGUAAAGUUCCUAUUGAUUGGGAACCACCCACUUCUUUGAUGAUAGCAAAAGAAAUACCAUCAGAAGGUAUCACUGGACCUCGUUAUUGUAAAUCAUGCAAACGGUAUAAGCCCCCAAGAAGCCAUCAUUGUCGCUACUGUCGCCGCUGUGUACUGAGAAUGGAUCAUCAUUGUCCAUGGAUAAAUAAUUGUGUGGGUCACGAUAACUAUGGCCAUUUUAUUAGAUUUAUCGUUUUUGCGAAUUUAGCAUGUACAUACAUUAUUUGUUUAUUGGUUGGCAGAGUACGAUAUAUUAUGAAUGCCAUACGACAUUUUCAGUUUGAUGCUGAACCAACCACUAUUCAAAUCGUUUUCAUGGUUUUAAAUUUUGUCCUCUCUUUUACUGUCCUAUUCUGCGUUGGAAUCUUGACCUGCUAUCAACUUUAUUGCUUGUCUCGAAAUCAAAGUAAUAUAGAAGCACACGAAAGGAGCAAAGUGGAGAAACUUGUGCAAAGGGGAAAAAUACCGCCUAUCCGAUACCCUUUUGAUGUAGGAUUCUACAAAAAUAUUUGUGAAGUUCUUGGUCCUCAACCAUUAUUAUGGUUGUGGCCCCAAAAAGCACAAGGUGACGGACUGACGUAUCCAGUUAUUCCUGGCACAGAUCCUCGCACACCAUAUUACUGGCCACCGCGUGAUCCUGAUGAUUUGCGACCGUCUAUUUUCUCGUCGAAAUAUAAGCAUCAGCAAGAGCGAAACAGACGUUUUAGGGAAGAACAUCCCGAAGCGUCUGUGGAAGAGAUGGAAGCUAACGAGUUGAAGAAUGCAGUAAAUGAAGACGAUUAUUACUACGAUUCGGGUAGUUUCAUUUCCGACAGCGAAGCAGAGUAUUCUGUAAAUGACGAAGAAGAGGGUAUGCGGCAUUUAAUCAACGAUAGACUGUACGAUUUGGCUGGUACAUAUUUGGACCCACAACCAACAGAGCGACAGCAACCACUGUAUUAUAAUAGACGCAAUAGCAACAAACAGAUAACAACUUUCGAUGAUGACGAUAGUGAUGAUGACGGUAGUGAUAGUAUGCCAUUACAUACACUAGCUUCGAGAAGGAAGACUUCCACGCCUAAAAAUGAUUGA